GUUCCCCAGGCCUCCCUUUCCCAGCCAGCGCUUCUCCUGACCCCGAGUGUGGGGAGUGACUUCUAUCUCCUGACAUCCAGUGUUCUCUGGAGCCAGCUUCCAGCGCACUGAAAAUGAGCUCUUCCGGAGGAUUCAGUUCCAAAGAGACAUACGUGAGGAAGCGACUCGGAAGAGGGAGGGAAAGAAGUCAGGAAUGGCCCGCAGUCAGAGUUUUGCUCUGCCAGCCAGGCUGGAGUGCAGUGACAUGAUCCCUGCUCAUUACAACCUCUGCCUCCCAGGUUCAAAGGACUCUUCCACCUCAGCCUCUCGAGUAGCUGGGAUUACAGGGACCCUUGACAUUCAUAGACGUGGCCAUAGAGUUCUCUCAGGAGGAGUGGAAAUGCCUGGACCCUGCCCAGAGGACUUUAUACAAGGACGUGAUGUUGGAGAACUACAGGAACCUGGUCUCCCUGGGAGUGGAUCUUCCUGACCUGAGUUUUAUCUCCAUGUUGGAGCAAAAGAGAGAACCCUGGACUCUGCAGAGUGAAGAGAAAAUAGCAAGGAAUCCGGAUGGCAGGGAAUGCAGCAAAGGUGUGAACACAGACUUCCCCAUAGUUCUCUCGACUCCUGCAGAUUCCCCACUGCUCCAAUGCAUCACCUCAGCUCCUUGUGUUUUCUGCACUGCCAGCAUGAUCUACACAAUAUGCUGAUACUCCUACCAAUGCCUGAGUCAGAGAGGAGCUCUAAAUUGGGAAGUAAUGCAGGAAACAAGCCAUGUAAAAGUCAACUUGGACUCAUGUUUCAUUUACAUCUGAGUCAUCUGCAGCUAUUUCAAGAUGAAAGGAAGAUGUCUGGAUAUAAGGAUGUUGAAAAACUCAUAAGUGACAAUUCCUCAGUUUCACCACUUCAAAACACUUCUUCCAGUGUCAAAUCCCGCCCUUUAAGUAAAUAUAGAAAUAAUUUUGAUGAUGCUCCAUUACUUCCACAAGAACAGAAACCACAUAUUAGGGGAGAAACUUGUGAAUGUAAUGAGCAUGGUCUAGUCUUUAGAGCCUCUGCAAACCUCACCAACCAUCAAGUAAUCCAUAUUGCAGACAAUCCUUACAAAUGCAAUGAGUGUGGCAAGGUCUUCAGUCGUAGUUCAAACCUUAUAUGCCAUCAGAAAAUUCAUACAGGAGAGAAGCCUUACAGAUGUAGUGAAUGUGGCAAGGUCUUCAGUCGUAGUUCAAAUCUUACAUGCCAUCAGAAAAUUCAUACAGGAGAGAAGCCUUACAAAUGUCAUGAAUGUGGCAAGGUCUUCAGUCGUAGUUCAAACCUUAUAUGCCAUCAGAAAAUUCAUACAGGAGAGAAGCCUUACAAAUGUAGUGAAUGUGGCAAGGUCUUCAGUCGUAGUUCAAAUCUUAUAUGCCAUCAGAAAAUUCAUACAGGAGAGAAGCCUUACAAAUGUCAUGAAUGUGGCAAGGUCUUUCGUAGCGGUUCAAAGCUUGUACAACAUCAAAGAAUUCAUACUGGAGAGAGGCCUUACGAAUGUCAUCAGUGUGACAAGGCCUUCAAUCAAAUUGCACACCUUGUACGACAUCAGAAAAUUCAUACUGGAGAGAAGCCUUACAGAUGUAAUCAAUGUGGCAAGGUCUUUAGUCGCCAUUCAUAUCUAGCAGAACAUCAAACAGUUCAUACUGGUGAGAAACCUCACAAAUGUAAAGAGUGUGGCAAAGCGUUUUCAGUGCGUUCCAGCCUCAUUACCCAUCAGUUAAUUCACACUGGAAGGAAACCUUACAAAUGCAAAGAAUGUGACAAGGUCUUUGGGCGCAAGCGUUUCCUGACCUCUCAUCGGAGAAUUCACACUAGAGAGAAACCUUAUGGAUGCAGUCAGUGUGGCAAGAUCUUCAGUCAGAACUCCGACCUCAUACGACAUCGGAAAAUUCAUGCUGACGAGAAACCUUACAAAUGUAAUAAAUGUGGCACAGCGUUUAGAGAGUUUGCAGACCUCACUGCCCAUUUUCUAAUCCAUAGUGGAGAGAAACCUUACGAAUGUAAAGAAUGUGGCAAAGUCUUUAGGUACAAGUCUUCUCUAACUAGUCACUAUAGAAUUCAUACUGGAGAGAAGCCGCCGUACAAAUGUAAUGAAUGUGGCAAGGUCUUCAGUCGUAGUUCAAACCUUAUAUGCCAUCAGAAAAUUCAUACAGGAGAGAAGCCUUACAAAUGUAGUGAAUAUGGCAAGGUCUUCAGUCGUAGUUCAAAUCUUAUAUGCCAUCAGAAAAUUCAUACAGGAGAGAAGCCUUACAAAUGUCAUGAAUGUGGCAAGGUCUUCAGUCGUAGUUCAAAUCUUAUAUGCCAUCAGAAAAUUCAUACAGGAGAGAAGCCUUACAAAUGUCAUGAAUGUGGCAAGGUCUUUCGUAGCGGUUCAAAGCUUGUGCAACAUCAAAGAAUUCAUACUGGAGAGAAGCCUUACAAAUGUCAUGAAUGUGGCAAGGUCUUUAGUAGCAAUUCAAACCUUUCACAACAUCAAAGAAUUCAUACUGGAGAGAAGCCUUACAAAUGUCAUGAAUGUGGCAAGGUCUUUCGUAGUGGUUCAAAGCUUGUGCAACAUCAAAGAAUUCAUACUGGAGAGAGGCCUUACGAAUGUCAUCAGUGUGACAAGGCCUUCAAUCAAAUUGCACACCUUGUACGACAUCAGAAAAUUCAUACUGGAGAGAAGCCUUACAGAUGUAAUCAAUGUGGCAAGGUCUUUAGUCGCCAUUCAUAUCUAGCAGAACAUCAAACAGUUCAUACUGGUGAGAAACCUCACAAAUGUAAAGAGUGUGGCAAAGCGUUUUCAGUGCGUUCCAGCCUCAUUACCCAUCAGUUAAUUCACACUGGAAGGAAACCUUACAAAUGCAAAGAAUGUGACAAGGUCUUUGGGCACAAGCGUUUCCUGACCUCUCAUCAGAGAAUUCAUACUAGAGAGAAACCUUAUGGAUGCAGUCAGUGUGGCAAGAUCUUCAGUCAGAACUCCGACCUCAUACGACAUCGGAAAAUUCAUGCUGACGAGAAACCUUACAAAUGUAAUAAAUGUGGCACAGCGUUUAGAGAGUUUGCAGACCUCACUGCCCAUUUUCUAAUCCAUAGUGGAGAGAAACCUUACAAAUGUAAAGAAUGGCAAAGUCUUCAGGUACAAGUCUUCUCUAACUAGUCACUAUAGAAUUCAUACUGGAGAGAAGCCGUACAAAUGUAAUGAAUGUGGCAAGGUCUUCAGUCAUAGUUCAAACCUUAUAUGUCAUCGGAAAAUUCAUACAGGACAUCAAAUAAUUCAUACUGGAGAGAGACCAUACAGAUGUAAUGUAUGUGGCAAAGCGUUUAGAGGGUGUUCUGGCUUUACUGCCCAUCUUGGCAAUCCAUGCUGAAAGGGAAGCUCAUGAAUGUAAAGAAUGUGGCAAGAUCUUCAGUCACAAGUCUUCCCUAACCAAUCACCAGAGAAUUCAUAUUGGAGAGAAACCUUACAAAUGCACCCUGUGCAGUGAGGCCUUUAGUCCCAACUCUGACCUUGCACAGCAUUGGAGAGUUCAUUCGUGAGAGUUCUUACAAACCGUGUGGCAAGAUCUUCAUCUUGAGUUCCAGCAUUAACAUCAGAGAGUCCGUACUAAGUGGAAAUCAUAUAAAUGAAAUGUAUGUGACUCAGGCUUUACGAAGCUCUGCCACGUCGUUGGACAUCAAAAUAUACUUCUGGGAUGAAACCACAUAGAUGGAUUGUGUGUACUCAGGCUAUUAUACAAGGACCAUUACUAUAGAAUACAAUAGGAUUUGCACAAGUAACUUAGUCUCUGGUUCUCCAGUAUUUAUGAUAUGGCAUGCUGAAGAAUAAUGCUGUUAAAAUAUGUUGAAUCUCAUGAGAUGAUGUAUAUCGAAGGUGCAAGGGCAUGUGGAAAUGAUCAGCUAUAUUCAGGUUAUAAAAAAUUCAAUUAUUUGGGGCAUGUAGAAAAGGCUGUUCUUUAUGAUUUUGAAAUCUCUUCAUGUGCCUUCCAUACAGGCCUUUCACUGUGGCCUCUGGGAAAGAAUGAGUAGGAUGACAGGGCUGACUUAUUAGCUGAGGAUUAUUUCUUUCUUUUUUUUUUUUUUUGAGACGGAGUUUCGCUCUUGUUACCCAGGCUGGAGUGCAAUGGCGCGAUCUCGGCUCACUGCAACCUCCACCUCCUGGGUUCAGGCAAUUCUCCUGCCUCAGCCUCCCGAGUA